AUGUUAAGUUUAGUCUUAUGUUUUUUUGUAAUGUUUUUAUUGGGGGUAGCUGUGGUUGUUUUGAGUCCUUCUCCUUAUUUCUCUGCUUUAGGCUUGGUAUUUGUUGCUGUUUCUGGGUGUUUUAUCGUAUUGUACCAUGGUGGGACGUUUUUAUCUUUAGUUUUAGUACUGUUAUAUUUAGGGGGUAUGAUGGUUGUUUUUGUGUAUUCGGCAGCUUUAGCUGCUGACCCUUACCCUGAAGUUCUUGGAGGUCGGGUAAUCUGAUUUUUUGUAAUUUGUGUUUUGUGUAUUUGUUUUGCUGGCUAUAUGUCUUUUAAUGAUUUUUUUUUAGAUGUGUCAGUAGCUUGUGAAGGGGCAGAUUAUACUGGGGGGAUUUUUGGAGCUGAAUGGUUGGGAGUCACUACUUUCUAUGAGGUUGGGUUAAUCCUUGUACUAGCUGGGUGGGCUUUAUUAGUUUGUUUAUUUUCUGUUUUGGUAGUUGUUCGAGGGGUAAAUCGUGGGGCUCUACGAGCUGUGAGA